AUGACAGACGAGGUGAAACCACUUCGAAACAUGGAAAGGCUUGGAGACGAAGAGAAAUUGGGUUUCGAUGAAAGUCAUGCGACAACAUUUGAUAUGAAAGUGCAUGAAGAAGAGAUUCGAACGUCGAUCUCGCCAGAAGAGGACGGACGAAUCCCGCUCAAGUUGACACGGUCCACGAGACUUGCUCUCUCGCUUUGGGGCGAGCAUGGGCUGAGCUUUGGUGCAUCAUUCCGUGGACAUCAUCAAAGUUGGGUCGUAUUGUUGUAG